AUUUCGGGCCCUUAGUUUGGUGGCCGAAUCGGAACGUGAAGCACAUCGGUCGGAAUAAGGUAAGGAGAGAAAUGGAGAGCCAGAGGCCGCCGAGCUAUAACCCCCAGCUAGCUCAAGCCGUUUUAAAUCAGCCACAAGCAGCCCAACCGCUAGUUAUACAGGCACCCUUCAAUGUUCUGGGGAAACAUCCAUCUAUGGCCACGUGCCCGAACUGCGGAGUCCGCAGGCAAACUGUGGUCGAUUAUGAGCCGAGUAACAAGACUCAUCUGAUAGCGCUUUUCAUCUGCUGCCUGGGGGGCGUGUGCUGCUGGUGCAUUCCGUACUGCAACGACUCCUGCCAGUCGGCCAAUCACAAGUGCAAGGCCUGUGGAGCCUACGUGGGAACAUUCAAGAACUAGCGAUGCUGAAAGGCCAAUAUCAGCGAGAACUUAUUGUAUUAAUCGUAAGAAACCCCUAGCCAUUAAGAAUAAUUUGUUGUUUUGAGGUUCAGUUCCAAAAAGUGCUCCCUACUUUUGUGCGCAGAUCAAAUAUUUGUUAUACAUAUACGAGUAUAUGCAUCAAAAUAAAUAAUAAAUUGAUAAUUGUACAAAAAUGGA